GCGUCGCUCGUCCGCGCGCAACCUGGCAGUUUGCCUCUUCUUCGCCCUCCAGCUUGCGUCCAUGGCCACCGCAGCGAACGAGGAGCCCUUCCCUUUCCACGGCCUCCUCCCGAAGAAAGAGACUGGGGCCGCGUCCUUCCUCUGCCGCUACCCGGAGUAUGACGGUCGGGGGGUGCUUAUCGCCGUCCUGGACACGGGGGUCGACCCCGGGGCUCCGGGCAUGCAGGUUACAACUGAUGGAAGACCAAAAAUCAUUGAUAUCAUUGACACAACAGGAAGUGGUGAUGUGAACACUGCUACAGUGGUAGAGCCAAAAGAUGGUGAAAUUAUUGGUCUUUCAGGAAGAGUGCUUAAGAUUCCUGCGAGCUGGACAAAUCCCUCAGGCAGAUACCACAUUGGCAUAAAAAACGGCUAUGAUUUCUAUCCAAAGGCUCUCAAGGAAAGAAUACAGAAAGAACGGAAGGAAAAAAUGUGGGACCCUGUUCACAGAGUCGCCCUUGCAGAAGCCUGUCGAAAGCAGGAAGAAUUCGACGUUGCCAACAAUUGCCCUUCCCAAGCAAAUAAACUAAUCAAGGAGGAGCUUCAGAGUCAAGUGGAAUUGCUUAACUCUUUUGAGAAAAAAUACAGUGAUCCUGGCCCUGUAUAUGACUGCUUGGUGUGGCAUGAUGGUGAGACCUGGGGAGCCUGCAUUGCUUCAAAUGAAGACGGGGAUUUGAGUAAAUCUACUGUUUUGAGAAAUUACAGAGAGGCCCAGGAAUAUGGCUCUUUUGGCACAGCUGAGAUGUUGAAUUACUCCGUUAAUAUAUAUGAUGAUGGAAACCUGCUCUCCAUAGUGACGAGUGGAGGAGCUCACGGAACACACGUAGCCAGUAUAGCUGCCGGGCAUUUUCCAGAAGAACCUGAACGGAAUGGCGUGGCUCCUGGUGCUCAGAUUCUUUCCAUCAAGAUUGGUGAUACAAGACUAAGCACAAUGGAAACGGGCACGGGCCUUAUCAGAGCUAUGAUAGAGGUUAUAAAUCAUAAGUGUGAUCUUGUCAACUACAGCUAUGGAGAAGCAACUCACUGGCCAAAUUCUGGGAGAAUAUGUGAAGUAAUUAGUGAAGCUGUGUGGAAGCAUAACGUAAUUUAUGUUUCAAGUGCUGGGAAUAACGGCCCCUGCCUUUCUACAGUCGGGUGCCCAGGAGGAACCACAUCAAGUGUGAUAGGUGUUGGUGCCUACGUUUCUCCUGAUAUGAUGGUUGCCGAGUAUUCUCUGAGAGAGAAAUUACCUGCAAAUCAGUACACGUGGUCUUCUAGAGGCCCCAGUGCUGAUGGGGCCCUUGGAGUGAGCAUCAGCGCCCCAGGAGGUGCCAUAGCCUCUGUUCCUAACUGGACGCUGCGUGGAACUCAGCUCAUGAACGGGACGUCUAUGUCUUCUCCCAACGCGUGUGGAGGCAUCGCCUUGAUUCUGUCAGGUCUGAAAGCUAAUAAUGUUAACUACACGGUUCAUUCAGUCAGAAGAGCUCUCGAAAACACUGCAGUGAAGGCUGACAAUAUAGAAGUGUUUGCCCAAGGACAUGGUAUUAUUCAGGUUGAUAAAGCCUAUGACUACCUCGUUCAGAAUACAUCAUUUGCUAAUAAGUUAGGUUUCACUGUUACUGUUGGAAAUAACCGUGGCAUCUACCUCCGAGAUCCUGUUCAGGUGGCUGCACCUUCAGAUCACGGUGUUGGCAUUGAACCUGUAUUUCCAGAAAAUACUGAAAACUCUGAGAAAAUAUCCCUUCAGCUUCAUUUAGCUUUAACUUCGAAUUCAUCAUGGGUUCAGUGUCCCAGCCAUUUGGAACUCAUGAAUCAGUGCAGACACAUAAACAUACGUGUGGAUCCCAGGGGCUUAAGAGAAGGAUUGCAUUAUACGGAGGUAUGUGGCUAUGAUAUAGCAUCGCCUAACGCAGGUCCUCUGUUCAGAGUCCCAAUCACUGCAGUUAUUGCAGCAAGAGUAAAUGAAUCAACCCAUUAUGAUCUAGCCUUGACAGAUGUACAUUUUAAACCUGGUCAAAUUCGGAGGCAUUUUAUUGAGGUUCCUGAGGGUGCAACGUGGGCUGAAGUUAUGGUGUGCUCCUGUUCUUCUGAGGUGUCUGCCAAGUUUGUUCUUCAUGCAGUGCAGCUUGUGAAGCAGAGAGCCUAUCGAAGUCAUGAGUUCUAUAAGUUUUGUUCCCUUCCAGAGAAAGGAAUGCUGACUGAAUCCUUUCCUGUCUUGGGUGGGAAAGCAAUUGAGUUUUGUAUUGCUCGUUGGUGGGCAAGUCUUAGUGAUGUCAAUAUUGAUUAUACCAUUUCUUUUCAUGGGAUAGUAUGUACUGCUCCUCAGUUAAACAUUCAUGCAUCAGAAGGAAUCAACCGUUUUGAUGUUCAGUCCUCCUUGAAAUAUGAAGAUCUGGCUCCCUGCAUAACUUUGAAGAGCUGGGUCCAAACACUGCGCCCACUCAGUGCAAAAACAAAACCUUUAGGAUCAAGGGAUGUUUUGCCAAAUAAUCGUCAACUUUAUGAGAUGAUCCUGACUUACAACUUUCAUCAACCCAAGAGUGGGGAAGUGACUCCAAGCUGCCCCCUGCUUUGUGAAUUAUUGUACGAAUCAGAAUUUGACAGCCAGCUGUGGAUUAUAUUUGACCAGAACAAAAGACAGAUGGGUUCCGGCGAUGCUUACCCUCAUCAGUAUUCUUUGAAACUGGAGAAAGGAGAUUAUACAGUUCGACUGCAGAUUCGGCAUGAGCAGAUCAGUGAUUUGGAACGUCUUAAAGAUCUUCCAUUUAUUGUUUCUCAUAGGCUGUCUAAUACCUUGAGCUUAGAUAUUCAUGAAAAUCAUAGUCUUGCACUUCUAGGAAAGAAGAAAUCAAGUAACUUGACAUUACCACCCAAAUAUAACCAGCCAUUCUUUGUUACUUCCUUACCUGACGACAAAAUACCUAAAGGGGCAGGACCUGGAUGCUACCUUGCAGGAUCAUUAACGUUGUCAAAGACUGAACUCGGAAAGAAAGCUGGGCAGUCUGCAGCAAAACGACAAGGAAAAUUUAAAAAGGAUGUAAUACCUGUUCAUUACUACCUAAUAUCUCCACCAACAAAGACUAAGAAUGGCAGCAAAGAGAAAGAAAAAGAUUCAGAAAAAGAGAAAGAUUUAAAAGAAGAGUUUACUGAAGCAUUACGAGAUCUUAAAAUUCAGUGGAUGACAAAGCUGGAUUCUAGUGACAUUUAUAAUGAAUUGAAGGAAACAUACCCGAAUUAUCUCCCUCUGUACGUUGCACGACUUCAUCAGUUGGAUGCUGAAAAGGAACGAAUGAAAAGGCUUAAUGAAAUUGUCGAAGCUGCAAAUGCUGUUAUUUCUCAUAUAGAUCAAACGGCCCUAGCAGUUUAUAUUGCGAUGAAGACUGACCCCAGGCCCGAUGCAGCUAUUAUAAAAAAGUACCUAACCAUUCUUGGGGGUGCAUCCCAGAUCCCUUGUGCCCAGCGGGCCCGGCCAGAGAGGACGAGGAUAAAUGGAACGAGGCUGAGCUGGGCUCCGAAGAAGAUGAGGUGCUUAGCGAGGCCUCCCUGGUCUUCCCGGCUUUGAAACCACUUGACCGUUGUUUGGUCUGUCCGCACAGUGGCUGGUGGACCACGCUAGCUGGGGAAACAGUUGGAGAGCGUGUGUGGUGGGCUUUUGGUUAAGCCAUUUAUGUAUCAGCUAAAAUUAAGGGCGUCUGAAAGCUGUCUUCGUACCUUCCCACACCUGUCCCUGUGCUCAUUUGUCAGGGAUGGAGAUGGCGGUAUUCUGGUUAGUUUAGAUAUUUGUUAUUUCUCUCCAAACUCUUUAACUUCUAAAUAACUAUCAUCUUGAUUUGUACCUGAUCAAUUUUUAAAGCCCAGUGUAGAAAAAGUAACAUUGAUGAGCUUUUUGGGUUUAGAUUAUAAAAACAUGUAAAAUGCCUUCUAGCUCUCUACUAUAAUUCUUAACAGUAGAGAUUAUAUAGCUACAGGUAUUUGCCAGUCUUCCUUUCUUCUGGACAUAAAGGAAGAAAAAAGGAAAUGUAAUCAGUGGAAUUCUUCUUCCAGCACAAACUGUGGCAGUUUUUUAGGAGACAGGUGCUUGUUUUCAAGAUUAACUAUGGUGAUCGGUAGUAAAGACUUCUGAAGUAGGAGAAAAUUCUUCCUGUCUGCUUCAGGUUGUUCCACCUCAGUUCAGUAGUGCUUUUAUAGAAGGAACUCAGUAAUGUUCCAGAAACUGAAGGAAGCAGCACCAGAGGUUAAGAAUUUGGAUCUGAAAUCAGGCCCCUGGAGCUUGGAUUCUGCCCCUGCCGCUUUGACCUGUGUGACUGUAGGCGGGUGACCGAAUGCUCAUGUGGGACUGUGGUGCUGCGUACCAUGGGAUUUUAUGAAUGAGUAUCACGUACAUGGAAGGACGUCAGCAAUACUUGCUGUUACUACUAACAAAGUUAUCUCGUGUCUGCUGUGUGCCAGACACUGCGCCCGCUGCUGGGAAGAAGAUGAAUAAGAGCCUGGUCCGGCAUCAAGUCGAUAGACACUUGAUGAGCAUCACAGUAAAGCUGUUAUAAAGAAUUCUGUUCUUGCCGCAGCGCUCUUAUGUUAGGGGUGUGCAUUAUAUCACCUGUCUGUUUACUGUGUCUGUAGCAACAGUUGUUGAGCCCUUUCCUUGUCUCUAGAAUACAGGUAAGUGUGACAGGAUUCCUUUCUUUGAGGACAUGCUGCACAUUCUAAAAGUGGAGACUAAAGAUACAAACAAAUGCUUACGAGUAUUUUUGACAAAUGCAGUAAUUAAAGGUAGAAAACUUGUACAAAAGGAAUCAGUUGAAAGUAAGAACAUGUUUAUAUAAUAUGACACUUCAUUUGUUUACUUUUAUCCUCUUUCGCAAUUUUGGUAAUUUAUAGUGACUCUGUAGUUUUGUACGUCUAACUUGCAAUUUUGUCAUCACUUAUGUUAGCUCUGCUUUCUUUUGCAUAGAGGUAUUUUGGUAUGGAUUCCAACAGCUAGUGAUUUAUCAUAAUAGCUUUCUUUCCCCAAAUAGAUUAUCUGUUCUGUGGGAUACCCAGCUCUUUUAAAGAUGUUAAUUGUUGUUUUAAAAAGUUGUUAAAAUUUACUUGAUGUAACAUGUUCAUUUGAAAAGCUACACUUCUGUUAAAGCCUCAAUUCUUUCAUUAUUUUUCUUCUUUAUUAUUUUUUCUUUGAUUUUUAUUUAUUUACUUUUGGCUGCGUUGGGUCUUUGUUGCUGCACGCGGGCUUUCUCUAGUUGCGGCGAGCGGGGGCCACUCUUCGUUGCGGUGUGCAGGCUUCUCGUUGCAGUGGCUUCUCUCGUUGCGGAGCACGGGGUCUAGGUGCACAGGCUUCAGUAGUUGUGGCACCCAGGCUCAGUAGUUGUGGCGCACGGGCUUAGUUGCUCCGCAGCAUGUGGGAUCUUCCCGGACCAGGGAUCGAACCCGUGUCCCCUGCAUCGGCAGGUGGAUUCUUAACCACUGCGCCACCAGGGAAGUCCAGUUCUUUCAUUAUUAAAGCAAUAUGCCUUAAAUUGUAAAUAUUUUGUAGAUGAGCUGUAUCUUGUUUUACG